AUGCAAGAAACAGAGAGGCACACCUUCAUCACACUUUACACUGAAAUAAAUGGACAGACGGUUGCAGGAUUCCCAGAUAUUUCUGCUGUAACUACACUGGAUGGACAGCAGAUUGAUUAUUAUGACAGUGAGAUAAAGAAGCUGAUUCCCAAACAGGACUGGAUGAAGGAGUUUGCAUCUGAAGACAGAUUUAAAGAAUACACUGAGUUCAGAGAACGAGUGCAGCAGACCAACAAAAUCAACAUUCGUUUUAUAAUGGAGCGAUUCAAUCAGUCACAUGGUGUUCAUGUGUAUCAGAGGAUGUAUGGAUGUGAUUGGGAUGAUGAGACUGGAGAAUCACGUGGGUUUGAUCAGCACGGUUAUGAUGGACAGGAUUUCAUCUUUCUAGACAUGAAGGAGUUCAGAUACGUCACACCUGUACUGCAGGGAAUAAUCACAAUGCAGAAGUGGAACAACGACAGAGAACAACUUGAAUUACUGAAACAAUACUACGAAUACGAAUGUGUUGAGUGGUUAAAAUAUUUCUUGACGUCAAGGAAAGCGGGUUUAGAGAGAAGAGCUGCUGUAGUGUCUCUGUUACAGUGGAGUUCCUCCUCUCCAGUAGUGUGUCAUGCCACAGGUUUCUACCCAUCAGCAGUGACUAUCACCUGGUUAAAAAAUGGAGAAGAUCAUGAUGAGGACAUGGAUCUUGGAGAGAUACUGCCAAAUGAGGAUGGGACCUUCCAGAAGACAUCUAUCCUCAAUGUUCCUCCAGACGACUGGAAGAAGCACCAGUAUGUUUGUGUGGUGGAGCACGAGACAGGGACCAUCCGGAAGAUUCUGACUGAGGACGAGAUUAAGAGUAACAACAGCGAGUAA